CAUUGACAAAUCGUGGUUUUUUGUUUUGAUUUUUAACUUUAUCACGUAUUGCCGCUUUAAAUCUUGUUUCUUUCUUAUCUCUGUCUGACGGCGGUUUUCUUAAGAGUUAAGAGCUCUGUAAUCUGUAAUAAUCUAAGUUUUUUAUUCUAGGCGCACUUCGCGUUCCAUCCUAACUUAUUCAGCUUUGAUUGGAAGUAUUAUUUCGUUUAUUAUUUGAAAUAGAUAAAUUUGACGGCACUACAAGACGUGGACAUGAAUCGGAGAAGGACAGAAACCAUCCUAAUUGAUGCCGUCACAAUUGGAAGCGCAAAUCAUAUUAGGAGUACCCCAAGAAAGACAGCCUCGGAAGUAUGGGCGUACUUUGAUAAAAUGAGUGAUAGCAAAUUUGCUAAAUGCCGGCUCUGUUCAAAACUGUAUAAGACCUGUGGGAAUACUUCGAACCUUCUUGACCAUCUGAAACGAGCCCAUCCGACGCGCCAGAAAGUUUGCAACCCCUCUAAUAUUGUUCGAACAGCUCCCAAGGGCAAGGAAAAAAGAGAAGGAAUGACGCUCUCAGAGCUUUGGGCUUAUUUGGAGGAUGGAGAUGACAAAACAACUAUUAAAAACGAUACCACCUCUCCACCAAGCAAUGAUGCGGAAUCCAACGAUAACAAGCCAAAGAAGGGAGGAAGAAGAAAAACUUCAGAAGUUUGGAACUAUUUUAGAAAAGUGAAAGAUGGCGAUUAUGCCGAAUGCCGUUUUUGUUCAACAAUUUAUAAAACCUGUGGAAAUACAAGCAAUAUAUUUGACCAUCUUAGGCGUGCCCACCCUGCAUUUCGGGAAACACCUCUACCAGAGGAAUCCGAAUCUCAGCCAGCAAAAAGAGCGGGGAAGUCACCUUCAGAGGUGUGGCAAUAUUUUGAAAAAACAGGGGAUGGUAAAUUCGCUCAGUGCUGUUUAUGUUCAAAGCUUUGCAGGACCAGUGGGAAUACUACAAAUCUUUUGGAUCAUCUCAAACGAUCCCAUCCAACGACUCGCAACACUGACAAUGUAGAUUCCGACCAUCCAACGACUCGCAACACUGACAAUGUAGAUUCCGACCAUAUAAUAGAAGAAGUUGAUAGUAACUCAUCGGAUAUGUGGUCAUUUCUUGAAGAUGCCUAUCGGGAUGUAAUAGAAGACAAUGAGGACACUGAUGAAACUGACAAAGUAAUUAAAGCAGAAAAGGAUCCCCUGCCGCAGGAGGAAGAAGAGGUUUGGGCAAUUGAGGAAGUAAAAAGUGAAAAUAUGUCGACCACUUUUGAACAACUGGAAGAAGAGCUUCAAGAAACUGCUAUUGCAGUUGAUACAAUAGAAUUUAAAGAUGACAUGGAAUUUGAAGUCGAAAUUGAAACAGAAACAGAAAACCAAUCCACAGAUGUGUGGUCGUUUUAUGAGCAACCACAAGAAGAUGAUGAUUUCGUCAAAUGUCGAUUAUGUUCAAAAUAUUAUAAGGCUAUCGGUGGUAGCACAACGAAUCUUUUGGAUCAUCUUAAGCGAGCUCAUCCCACAUGCAAGGUGGUUAGCGAAGCUAAUAAAAAAUCUAAAUCCGGCAAUGGAAUAAGGAAGAGGAAAAAUGAAUUGAAAUAUAAGAGAAAAACUAUAUCGGAAGUGUGGUCAUAUUUUGAAAAGACCGAAAAUGGAGAGUACGCCAAAUGUUGUUUCUGUUCACGGCAUUAUAAGACGAGUGGUAACACCUCCAACAUGUUUGAUCACCUCAAACGUACCCAUCCAGAGUUCCGCAAGAAGAUGGUUCGUUCUGACAAGGGUACACCAGAGGAAUUUUUCAAAAAAGCUGCUGAAAACAAUUGGAAUCUAUUCCAGAAAAGGUACUAAAAAAUGAAUUGCGAAUUGUGUUUUAGGCAUUAGAGUAAUGCUAAAGAUUUUUUAGGUAAUUGAAAAGAAAAGAUUGUAAAAUGAUAUAGCUUGAGUAUCAUUAUGUAAAUAGGUGAAGUCUAUAUAAAAUUUGUUGAACAAUAGCUUGACCAUUAAGUGAAAGCUUUGACAUACAUAUUAUUGUUUUAUUAUGUAAAAAUGUCUUCUCUAAUUUAUUUUAUAUGAACCAUAUCUCUUAAUUUAGUAAAAAUCUUAAUAAAAGCAAGCUAAGCGUUUGCUGGCGAACAAAAUAUGAAA